AUGUCCCAGGCUGGCAGCAGCCCCCGGGCGGAGGAUGCAGGGCUGUGUGUCGGGACGCACUCGCUCACCCCAAGCCGGGGCAGCCAGCGGGUUGAGUGCAUCAUCUGCUACUCCUCCUACGACCUGUGUGGCCGGCUGCCGCGCCGGCUCUACUGCGGCCAUAUCUUCUGCCCAGCCUGCCUGAAACGCCUUGAUGCCGUCGCCAAUGAGCAGCACUGGAUCCCCUGCCCGCAGUGCCGCCAAAAUACGCCCACGCCACGUGGCGGUGUCGCCAUGCUUGACCUCGACCUGGCCACCUUUCUCACCGUCAAAGCUGACAAGGAGCAUCCCCGGGUGGUUGGCAGGUCCCAGCCCGACUUGGCCACCAAGGGCUCAUGCAAAGAGAAGGCGGUCACCCAGCAGCCGGCGGGGCUGUGCCAAGACUCACUGCCCCCGGUGCCGUUCCCGCGACACAGCUGCUGCCGGCCGUGCCUGUGCUGUGGGGUGACAGCGGCCUUUGAGACCUGA